GUCCUGACGCUGUCAACCAGCUGGACUUCUACCAAGCAGACCCCUUCGCCCACUGCCAGAAUGACCUCUUCAAUGAAGACCUGUUCCCUAAAACUGACUCGUCUGGUGGAUUCGCUUCAGACCCUUUCAAAGGCAGCGACCCCUUCGCAGCAGAUGUUCUGUUUCCAGAGGGGCAGGUCGAUGAUGGGGCGGGAGAUAUUGGGGAUGAGGCCGACACUAGUCUGUCCUGCGCUGAAACCAAAGCCUCAACAGGAACUCAGUGCUUCGAGUCUGAGUUCCCCAACGAAGACAGCGACAUCGAGAUUAGCUACAGUCAAGAGGACCUGGACGCCAUCGCCCAGGGAGACGAUCCUCUGGGGUUCAAACCCAUCCAGAGCUCCUCUGAGGAGCUGGGGCCGGUGCCGAUCCAGGGCUGGAGGUCCCAGGGGCAGUACUCCAUAGAAUCAGACCCCAAUGGGUAUGAGCUGGACCUGGGCGCUGUCUCCCCCCCCCUCUGACAUAGAAGAACUGAGUCUGGGAUAUCCACCUGAAGAGGCUGCCACCAAGACCACAGCAGGACUGGAACAAGGUCUGAGUCCUGGUUCAGCUCCGGCUGUUCCUCAGCUCGCAGAACAACUCACAGUAUGUGCUGGCGACAUGGAAGAGGAACCCCAAAACCGUGCGACUCCCCUAAACUCCCAAGACUCCGAUAACCUUUUCAAUCUGCCAGACUCUGAUCAGAACAGAGAGCUCAGCUUCGAUUUAAACUACGAACCGACCAGUCAGUCUUCCUUCGACCCAUACGGCUUCAAACUCAGUCCAGAGCAUUCCAGUCACACCCUCCUGGACCCUGAUGAGGCUGAACUCAGCCCAGAACCCACUGAAAACGACCUGACCUUUGACCCUGAGCCCUCCUCUAGUCAACCAGACCAACUGACCAUGGAUCAGUAUGAGUUUGACAUCACUUCCUCCCAAAUGGUGCGGGACUCUGACCCUUAUGGCUUCAAGCUCAGCCCUGAGGAAGAGAACCAAGAGGUCUUGGACCUCUCUGGCCAUGAUACCCAGGAGGCAAUGGAUCUUUGCAACUAUGACGACACAGAACAGGUAGAACCCUCUAACUAUAGCAACCAGGAAGUACUUGAACCUGAAAACCAAGAAGUGCUUGAACAUUGUCGCCACAAUGACCAGGAGCUGCUGGAUUUGUGUAACAAUGGAAACCUUGAAGUGCUGGAAGCUUCUGGGCUGGACAACACCGGGUUGGUUAGCAAUGAAAACCAGCAACUCCUAGAUAUCUGUAGUCAUGACAACCAGGAGGUGGUGGAUCCCUAUUGCAAUACCACGGAGGAGGAACUACUUGAGCCUUGUAACUAUGAUAACCAACAAGUGCUGGAACCUUGUAGCCAUGGCAAUCAGGAACUGCUGGAUUUCUCCCUUCCUGAAAAUAAGGAAGUGCUGGAUUUAGAUAGCCACGGCAACCAAGACUUAGUGGAUUUUGGUAGCAAAGAAAAUCAGGAAGUUGUAGUUUCAGGUAGCCACUCCAACCAGGAACUCCUGGAUCUCGGUAGCAACGCAAAUCAGGAACUGCUAGAUUUAGGUAGCCAUGACAACCAGGAGGUGCUGGACUUGUUUGGUAAGGAAGUUCUCCCUGAAACAAACAACAACCAAUACUUUGUGGAACCAGAGCAUGAUGUCAGUCCUACCAAUAACAGCUCAGACAGCGAUGUGGCCUCAGAGGACCUGCUGGGACUGGACCUCAGCAACACCAGUAUCUGCUCCACCAACAGAACACACACUGCCGACCCCUUCAACACCUCUGCCCCCCACAACUUUGCUACAUUCAACGCCCCCAGCGGCCCCAACCUGCUGGAAGGUGACCUCGGUUCAGUGUUUGGAGCUGGAGGAUACAUUGGGUGUCCUGAUGUAGCAGACGACCUGGCCCCCCUGGAGAGAAGGCAGGCCCACCCUGUAGCAGAGCCGAUACGGCCCUUCAGACCAGUGAGGCCUCCUCGGCCCUCGCUACGGCACAAGGAGAAGGCUCAGUCCCAGAAUCAGGGCAUUGACCUGAAGUGAUCUCUCACCAACCAUCACGCAUGUGGGGGUUACCACGUCAACAGGUUCCCAUGAGCACCACGCAAACACAAGAGAUGGAGAGGAAGAGGAGACAAGUAAGAGGACGGGCCACACCAUGGAGGCAAAGGGAGGGUGGGGAAAAAAAAGGGGGGUGAUUAAAUAGAUGGGAGGGAAAGAACAUUCUGCUGUUAUUCAUUGCAAUAAUUCAAGUUCCAGUUUCUUUUGAUGCUUCAAGGGGACACUUUAGAGUCACAAUGGGAAGAUGAGAAGUAUGCAGGAUGUUAAACUACAACUACCAUGGGACAAACUGAUGCCAUCAGGUUUAUUGGCUAUUUAUACAAGUCAGGGUUGAGAAGAACAAUAUGAAAAAAAGGAAAUGAUUCAAAGGGUGUCCUUGUUCUGUAGUGGAUUGACCCUAAAUGGCUGAUUUGGCAGUCAUUCAUAAAAAAAUGAAAUGAUCUGUAAUUUAUUCACAAUACCUGCUGCCAACUCCCUCCGUAGUCCUCUGACCCUCGUAGUUCAGCUUCCCAUCCCUCCCCCCUACCGGUAAUGACAUUAGUCCAGAUGAAAAAAAAAUAUCUCCUGUAUUUAUUUGAGCUUUUUUAUUUGAGUGUUGGAGCAUGUGUAAGUGGACUUCGGAGAUAAAAUGUAAAUAAAUGAUAUACUCAGCUAUUGUGGUUUUCAGAUUAUCUAGUCAAACAGUAGUUUUAGGGUUUGAUGGAUGAGAGCUGUAUAAAGUCAGGUUGUACAGUGGAUAUCUCUACCGUCACCAUGGUAACAGUGUUUUCAGUCAUCAGUAACUAGGUGCUCCUUAAAGAGUGUCUUCACUGCAGGCUUAAGCUGUGUUUCCUCGCAUGAUACGGCAUUAGCAUUUCAUUUCCCACUGCGGAUCACCGGGAGACUCGCUUUCAUCUGCGGGAGAUGAGGGUCUUACCAGGCAGUGGGAAUGCAGCAUUAGAAGUUUCACUGCCAUCAGCCCCCCCCCCCCCAUCAUGUGUCAGAAGUGUGCUGUGUUGCACCUGUAUCACUCCCAAUGUCACAGCAUCAUGACGAGGAGAACACCUGCACACCACUGCCCAAAGAGGUGAUCCAACGAAUAUUCUAAUGAUGUUGAAUUACUCUUUAAGCAUUUUAUCCACUAAAAGUCAUAAGUGGACAUUAUAAUAAUGCACUCCAAAACAAAUGGACCACCAAUGAGUUAAAUGGCCUUUGCAUCAGUGUCCCAGUUCCAUAUGAUAAACCAAUACAAAGCAAAAAAUAUGCACUAAUGUCGGCUGUGCAACAUCCUGGUUGUUAUUAUACAAGGAAUAUAUGUUUGUAUCUGUCCCAGGCCUAUACAUAAAGUAUGAGCUGACUGACGUAAGUGCAACUUCGAUAACUACUGCCAAUUCCAGUAAAGGAAACAAAACAGCCACAAACACGUUAAAUAGGACCACUGGUGUCUUCACACCACUUAUCGUCUUCACUAUUUACAACUGUGAAAAGCUAUGAUGUCGCAUACUGUGCCAGAGUGCCCACAAGCACACAACACUUUGAAGUCUCUUUGUUGUUAUCUCUCUUUUUUCACUUUCAUGUUCAUUGUUUACUCAAUCUGAUUUAGCUUAAUAUUCAUACGUAAACAUCAGCACAUAUGGCAGCAGAUCUACCAAAAGAUAGAAUUGCUACAAAUAUUUGAGAGUACUGAAGUUUAUUUCUACACUGUAAUAUUGGACCGCAUAUUAUCCUAAAAAACAGUAACAACUCGGCUAUACUAUAUGCUUUACAGAUUGGUGCAGUGAAGUUAGCAGCCAAAAAGAAAACAUGACUUUGAGACGAGGAAGUGGUCAAAUGCUAACUCAUUUCGGGGGUUAAAGGACUUGUUCAAUCUGUGCAUUGCAUUGUGGCAUUAAAGUUGAAACCAAAGGCACAUACAAAAGUCUUGCCAAUUUAGUUAGCAUGCUGACACCAUUGUAAUGAAGUGUCAACCUGCUGAAUGCUCUGAACCUGCUCAGAGUCUGAAGUAUGGAACUGGGACACAGCUGGGAUCAGAGCCCAGGUGGAUCUGAGCCGAGCAGCUGACCGCUUUACAGCACGGAACACAAGAGGGCCUUCCUUAGCUGUGGUAGACUCAAAAGUGUUUCUUACAGCCAGGUACCAGAUCUGAACGGCCAGUGAGAAAAUCUCUUCCGACAUGCUUAUCAAAGGCAUCAGAGAGGGGGAGUGAUAACAAAUAGAAUUGGGAUUUAUGGUUAAUGUAGUCCUAACUGCUCUACUAGCAUUAGCUCCAGGCUAUCUGUGAGCACAGUCCUGCUGGUUGGAUCAAAAUGCAAACAUCUCCCAUUAUACCUUUGUCAAACCUGCAAUAAGUGUUGUUUGCCACAUGGGGGCAGCAGAAACAAGCUGUGAAUACAACAUUUGCAAAUCCUUGCCUUUAAGUGAACUUGGUGAACUUGUUAGCAAACAUUUGCUUACAGAGCAACAUUUAUUUGUGUCACCUGAUGAAGGACCAAUAUUCAGUCUCUUUUAGCUCUGCCUGGUCAACUCCUGAGGGGAAUAUCCGUCUCUGUAGCCGUUAAACACUCCACUCUGUCCACGAGCUAGUCUCUCACUGUGUGUGCUGCUGAAGGGUGCAGCUGGACAGUGAAGCUCACCAAAGCUCUGCAAAUACUCCACAAAUACUGUAUAACCAAUACAUGUUAUUCUCUGGGCUGCAAAGCUUUGUACAUUCAAUAUACCAUGUAACCAGUUCAUACAAAUACGAUGAAACUGUAAGUAUAUAGAAUUAUCCUUGUAUAAAAUGAAAAAUGUGAAUAUUGGUGUGUCCUAUGCACAUGAGGAAUAUAUAUCCCAGAUGACAGUCCCCUCACACUGGAACAAACCUAGCAGGCUCUGAAGGAACAUUUCAGUUCACGCCUACCUCAUAACUACUUUGCCAUGAUUGCAUGACAACACUGUGAACCAUGUGAAAGCAACAUUCUGUGAUGUUUGACUCUUUGUUAAUAUGUGCAGUCAAGAAGACAAUGCAAAUUAAUGAACGGUUGUUUUAGCGAGAGGCCUCAAUCUGACAUUAUGAUGGCUUUACACCAAGAGAAAUUAGUCUACAACAGUCAAAGUUAACCUGAAGGCCAGUUAUUGAUGUCCUUAGCUCUCCUGCCAUGUGUUGUUGAAAAUGUUUCAUAGUCACUACACUAAAAAAAUUGGAACGUUGACUUUAAUUAAAUGUAUGAAAUAGAAAUAUCACAUA